GUUAUAUAUCACAUAUUUCAUUGCAUUUCAGCAAGAUACAAAAACUAGCUAUCAGUCAUGGACUUCGACAUGGAUGAAUAUAUAGACAUGAUUGGCACGUCGGUAGAGCUAAACAGUCGCAGCUACAGAGAAGGUCCAAAACCGCUGUAUAAGUGCUUUGGGCGAGGAAAAAAUAGGCCUCUACUUGAAAAUUAUGCUGUUCCAUCGAUAUCAUCUCUUAAAAGGAUGAAGGAAAAAAGACUAAACAAGAAUGGGUUUCAUAACAAUGUGGACCACCUCAUUGCCAACACUGUAACACCUAUGACAUACUGGGAUGAAGGCGAGAAAAGUUCUUACACUUCAUGUGAGAUAGAAGAUGCACUGAGACCAUCUACAAUACCAAGUGUGCCUAAAGGGGGAGCCAAAUUCAUUUACAAGUCCAAGCAACCUAGCAAGCUGGCGAUUCGUGAAUCACAUGGCAUUUCAUAUGUCGCUUCUGCUACUAAUCAGGAGAAAACCCCAAUAAUCCGAGAUACAGAAGACAUCGCUCAAGAAAGUGGCUCCAUCUAUCAGCGAACGAGAGAGGCAGUCGAGGAUGCGACCCCGGGAAUUACCCACAUGAUUCCAGGAUCCUGUCUCCCUAGCAACCAGUAUAAACGCAGUCAGUUGGAAUUCGAUGAUUUUGGAAUUCCAACAGGAAUAAAGCGGACACAUUCGCAGCCUGCCAUUUUCUUCGAGCAAAGGCAGCGUUUGCUGAGUGAAAACAGAACUCACAGUGAGAGUGACUUAGUUCGCUGCGGUAAGGUGCAGGUACCCAACAUCACAACUACUCAUGGUGUUAGCAACUGGGCAGCAUCUGCUACUGUGAAAACUGCAUCGCUAGCUUCCACUGCCUGUGUCGUAGAUGACACCAGUUGCAAUCGCUCUGUUACCUCUCGGGGCAGAAAAACAGAGGGUGCAGAGAAGCAGAGACAGGUUCAACUCACGGACAGCAAUCAGGACAUACCCAGCAUACACCCGCUUGACGCUGCCUCUGGUCGUGCUGAUCACCAUGGUAACGGGGGUGAGAAACACCUGGAAGGUUCGGACGUGCGUGCAACUACGACUAAAGAUCCAAAAUGUUACGACGCAAUCAGUGAGAAAGCCAGUGAAACUGUUAAUGGCAGCAACACAGCCCCUGGAUAUUCAGGAGGAGAAACGUGGAAAAGCAGUGAUAGAGAUACCACAGGCGAGUCGUCCCUGUGUGUUGAUGAGAAUUUAGCAGGUGCAACUACGAAUACGGGUGAACCAGUAGAACUAUCAAAGCUGACAAGUGGUACUAAGGACGGUAAGAACUCUUUAAUGACACUGUCAACAUUGCACGAUCAAGGCUAUAACGUCUUGGACUACAUUGACAGGUUGGAAUGUGUUGACAAUGCUGCGGGGCACGCUCCACCAAUGACUCUGGAUUCCUUCAUCCGUCCUAGUGGUGGCAAGUCCAAGCAGAAGCGUAAGGGUAAGAAAAAGGGCGGCAAAACUCCUAGUAAAGCUACAAAAACGUGUGAGCAUUCACACGUGGAGACAGACAUAACCGACAGCAUUGUGAAACCCAAAGCAAACUCGCCACCAGAACUCGACGCCGCUAAUGGCUUCUGGGAGGUAUUUCACGAUGACAGGAAAACAACAACAGAGCACACUCAUGAUCCUCUCCAUGCGUCUGCUGUCGUCGCUCCACCUGUGGAUACGAGGGAAGAUGAGCAGCAGGAGGUGGGCUCACAGACCCAGCAGUUUGAGAGUCUCCGUGGACCGUGUGUUAUGCAGAUUGAGAAUGUGCCGUCUACGGUGCAGGACUGGGAAAUCGAGCAGCUGCUGGAGCCGUUUGGGUCGGUGCUGGAGACGAGGAUGCUGAACACAGACGAUAAAGUGAAGGUUAGAGUCAGGUUCGAGGAAGCUUCAAUAGUUGAGUGGGCAGUGUCCUGCCUGCAUGAAUCUGAAUCUCCUUUUCCUGGUUGCAGUCUUCCAUUUCUUUGCAUGGCUGUAGAGUGAAAUUGAUCUUCAUCGAAGAACACACACACAAUUUUAAAGAUGUGCUGUGUGAUCUACUGGUUAGAUUAGGUCCUGAUGGUUUUCAUGCUGGAAAAUAAGGAGGAAGUACAAGUCAAGCGGUACUGCCCGCUGGAACAAGACUGUACUGUUGUUAGUGAAAAUUAUAUCAAAUUAGUUCAAGGGUAAAUGUGGCCAGCAUUUCUGAGUAAUCAGAUCCAUGUCAUUGCAUUCCUUGAUAAUGGGUGCGAAUUAUUAUUUUAAUUUAUUAUUUCAAUUGCACGUUGAAUAAGGUCACCAUGACCUCAUAUUACCAUGAACAUGUAUGAUGAAUGAACUAUAAUAGCCCUGGGUAUAAUUGGCAAUAAAUUUAGAAUUUCUGGCAACCAACAAUAACAAUUUCUGGCACCUGGCUCUUGCCAUCUAGUCGCAUUUCUUAUGAAUUCGGAAUCUAACACCAUCUAACGAUCAAGUCCAUAAUGAUGAUCCAAGUUCUUUCAUCCAAUUUUUUUGUAUUUAUGUUCGUAAUAUUAAUAGAUUGAGCAUUAAUUUGGAAGGUACAUCUGAUCGAUUACAUGCUGUUCUUUACAAAAGAGUUACAGCUAAUCGUAGCACGAUGCUUCUUAUAGACUGCAAACAUGCGAUUCCAAAAUGCUUGCCACUUUUUGAAUACGGGUUAUAUGCAAUGUAGCAAUGUAUUAUAAGUGCUAAGAUUGCAGUUAUUCACAGUGUCCAUGAAUGCACUACCACUGAUGCAGGUUUGAAGCAUUAACGUACGUAUAUUGUGGCAUAGUUUAAGAUUUAAACAUAUUUCUCUCUGUGCAAUACUCACGAGAAAAUAUUUUUAACAUAAAAUUUAUAAAAGUCAGAAUAUUUUAUUAAAUGUUUUUAUAACCAUUACUUGCAUAAUUGUUUUGAAUUGAAAUGUAAAAUUUACAAAAGAUUGUACAUGGGAGCAAUUUACAUACUUCAUACUUGCAUAUAGUCAAAUAAUGACUGUCAUAAAAUUACCUUUCUAAUAACCUUUCAUAGUCAUAAUGCAGUUUAAUAAUCUAUAGUUAUAUAAUCCUAACUUUCCUCA